CUGUCUGGUCUCUGCGCAUUUCUGCAAGGUCGCUAAAGAACUAUAAUGGCAGUAUAUCUAAAACAUCACUGCAUAUACACUGUUUACAAAAAAAAUUUGUACGGGUUCUGCGUGAUCAACAAAUGACUUUUCUCCUAUAAAGUUGAAUAUGUCUUAUUGCUGAAGAUGGCGAUAUUUAUUCUUUGAAGACAUUUACAUCACCUUUAAUUAUCGCAUUAUCAUGACGGUCUUCAUCAACGACACUAUGGGUGGACGAAUUGCCUUGUGUUUAGGGAACCAAAACUCAGAAAAUACAAAUGUCCGACGUUGAUAAGUUCAGAAACAUGAUGGGAACGUUAACCAAACUACACAGACGGAUAUUGUGCCAUCGACUGAGCGUCCAUCAUCUCCAGCUAAUACUGCUUACUCUUGCUGUCAUCUUCUUCUGCCUUACAUUUAACUUCAUCACCUUCCCAAGCCAGGGAAAACACAACAUCGACCGUUCCAGUCUCUCUUUCGUCAGGACUAGUGGAGAGCUUGAGAGCAUUGAUAAGCUGUUGGAUGAUGGAGUCGAAAACGAAAAUGGUGACGACGACAGGGUGGUCAAGUCUCAAGAACAUGAAAAUGUAAAUCAGAGAAGGACGAGAAGCCUUUACAUUCACUCUGAGAUUAAACCUAUCUCAACGUGGCACGAACUAGAAGAUUUGGUGGCUUGUGUACAAGUAGAAAAGGGUAAACCUAAGACCAAACCCUGUUUGGUACAAUGUCCGAAUGGGGGAGAUCUAGAGAUACAUCUUGAAACAGAUCUCCGUCUUGCAAGGGCGAUGGACGCUGUCCUCUUUGGUCUUUCUCCAUUCACAAUGAGAUGGUCCUUCCCGAGUGUCUUGGGCUACAAGCCCACUCCUGACCAACUAGUUGUGUUUUACAGCAUGGAGAAUGUUCUCCGAAUGCACAAGUGGAACUCAAGGCUGGGUCUUUUGAAGUAUCACGUAGACAUGACGUAUGGGGCGUAUUCAAACAUUAGCGUUCCAUACGCUUAUUUUGUACCUUUCACAGAGGAGGAAACCAAGAAAAGUGAAACAAAAAACUGGAUAGAAGGGAAGACCAAACUGAUUGCAUGGAUGGCGAGCAACUGUAAGGAGGUCUUCUGGCCUAGGAACGAGUUUGUGACCGAACUACAGCGUCAUAUCCAUAUCGAUACGUAUGGACGCUGCGGCAAUCUGACUUGUCUUCCCCGUCUUUCCGAAGAAUGUGUCAAGAUGCUAACAAAGUACAAGUUCUAUCUCUCUCUUGAAAACUCUGAGUGCAAUGAUUACUUAACUGAAAAGAUUUGGGCUUCGGCGUUAGAAAAUAACGUCAUCCCCGUCGUGUACGGACCGCGAAAAGCCGACUACGAGAAGUACGCGCCUCCGAAUUCUUUUAUCCACGUGAGUGAUUUCAAAAACGCAGAGGAACUUGCUCACUAUAUCAAGCGCGUUGCUACUGAUGAGAAAUUAUAUAACAGCUACUUCAAAUGGCGGGAACAUGGUAAAGUUUUUCAAAAAUACCCAAAGCUGAAAAUGACGUAUUUUUGUGAUUUGUUACCCUAUAUACACCGCGUACCACCAGUUAUGACAGAAGUCAAAGAUUCACAAUGGUUCACGUCAUGUAGGCAUGAAUUAAGGGUUCGUAAGGAAUUGAACUUGACUGCUAUACAAAGAUUAAGCGGGUGGGAACCUUGGAAAUAGAAUUGUGCCAUUUUUUUUAUGUUUAGAAAAAAAAAAUCAAUUAGGCUAUCUUAUUUAUGUAAUAUUUAUUCAACAUUCACAGCCGGUUUUCACACUAACAAGCCAAAGCAGCCCACAGACAAUCAUUUUAUUCUUUGAAGAAGCCGUCUUCAUAAUUAUGAAAAUUGAAAUAUCGCCUGUUCAAGAAUGCCAUGUUAUAAAAACUGAACUUUCAAUAGUUUUUCAUAAUGAGUACUACAUUCAGUGGUGGACUCGCGAGGAGUGGGUCUGGUAUCUAUCAAUAAUAUGAGAUAAUGAGAACAAGAUAUUACCAGGAGCACAGGGAACGGAAUGAUUAAGAGAAGUGGUUAUGGUCGCUCUCUCAUUGCAGUGCCAGGGUAUUUUGUUAGAGGGGAAGACCCAGAUAUGCAUUUGAAUAUUAUGUUUCAAUGACAAGAUAAGGGUUAUUGAGUAAUUACAUGACAAAUGCAUGAAAUUAUGAUAUUAUUUCUUUCUCUUUCUUCUAUGUUUCGUUCUUAUUUCUUUUAUUCAUCGCAUUAAAAGUCACCGCGAAGUGGUUUUGACCUCCGCCCUAUAUUCUCUUUGCUCUGAUCACGAAACUGAGUUUGCAAGGUUUUUUUUAAUCCCACGUAAAUUCACUCUCAUAAUCAUGAAUGGUAUUUUCAGUCAUUAUAAGGCAAAUUUCUUGCAUUAGAAAUUUUACCUUUUACAUGAAGUAAUUCAUAAAUGUUUAAUUAUUUUGUUUUAUAAAGAAACGAUUAUGACGACCAAAGUUAAGAUCGAAAGCGUAACGAUCUGAAUGCUUAAUCUUUUUAUGAUUAUGUGAUUUAUAUUUGAAAUAUUUUAUUGAAUUAAAGAUAAUUUAUCAAAUCUGGAAUAUCUGCUUAAUGUCAAUCUUAAAGGUAUUUAAUAAUCAAUUUAUUACUAUACAAACUGAAUACAUGGAGAUAAAGGGGAGAGUAAAAGGUGGUCAUGAUGGUUAUGGGACGUAUUGGAAUGGGCUGAUGAUGCUGGAGACAAUGACGACAGUGAUGAUGACGAGUUGACGAUACUGAAAUGACAGGGAGAGAAAAG